AUGUCCCACGCCGGUGUACAGGAAACUCUGCACCAGUUAAGAGAAGAAUUCUGGGUAAUCAAAGGUCGUCAGUCAGUGAAGUAUGCUCUUUAUCAAUGUCUUUUUUGUCGACGACUGAAGACACGCCCCUGCACAGAGCAGGAGGCACCCUUACCUGCCGAUAGGGUCACUCAGCAACUUGCGUUUGAAGUCGUUGGCGUAGAUUUUGCGGGGCCACUUUAUUACAGAACGGCCGAAGGGCAACGGAAAGCGUACGUGGCUCUUUUUACUUGCACAGUCACCAGGGCAAUUCAUCUUGAGCUCGUCUCCGACCAAUCCUUCGGGACCUUCCUUAUGGCCGUCAGACGCUUUGUAGCACGCCGAGGUUUGCCAAGGAAGGUCUAUUCAGAUAACUUCUUAACCUUUAAGAAAGCCGCUCGAGAGAUUCCUGCCUUGCUGGCGAAUCAGUUCCAAGCGGUACGUGAGUAUGCCACACAAGCACGAAUAACAUGGGAGUUUAUUGCCGAACGUGCCGCCUGGUGGGGAGGCUUCUGGGAGCGUAUGGUACGCUCAGUUAAAGAUGCUCUCAGAAGAACACUAGGUCGGAGUCAGCUAGACUUUCAACAGUUGCUGACCGUGUUAACAGAAGUCGAAGCGAUCGUCAACUCACGGCCAUUGACACAAAUGUCAGAAGAUCCUGGCGACACCCAAGCUUUGUCUCCGUCGCAUCUGAUAUUGGGGAAGCGACUCACGGCGUUGCCGCCAAUUAAGAGACGUCAGACAGCGUGCGUAGACGCCGAACCGUUAGAGGUGCUGCAAGUAAAGGAAAGGCUCCUCACUGCAUACUGGAGGCAGUGGAACAAGGACUACUUGCUACAGCUUAGAUCUGCAAACCUGAGUCGACAUGCAACCUCCAACAGCGCUCAACCGCAUCAACUCGUACUACUGGCGGAUCAGCGGCAGCCAAGGAUGUUUUGGAAGCUAGCAAGGGUGCAGGAGCUUCAUACUGGACGUGAUGGACUUGUACGAUCGUGCACGCUCAAGACAGUCACUGGUUCCUUCAUCAGAAGACCAAUUCAGCUACUUCAUCCUCUUGAGGUCUAG